GCAAACGCACUCGCAGGAGGCGUACAGCGAGGUUUCCGCUUCUCAGUUGGGCUCGGACCGCGACUCACGAAAAACACGGUGUGUAACGUGAAAGGUUGACGCACUAAGGUAAGAAAAAAGAAAGAAGACAGCUAAAGUACCGAGCAAUAGAGAUGUCUGAAUCAAAGUACCGCGAGUGGAUCCUGGACACUAUCGACUCGCUGCGGUCGCGGAAAGCCCGGCCGGACUUGGAGAGGAUUUGCCGAAUGGUCCGGAGACGACACGGGUCCGAGCCCGACCGAACCUGCGCAGAACUGGAGAAACUGAUUCAGGAGCAGACCGUCCUGAAAGUAAACUACAAGGGCUCUAUUUCGUACCGAAACGCAGCUAAGGUUCAACGCAGAAGCAGAAAAAAAGACGAUGUAACGUUAACCACGGCUGCGAGACGGAGCACGGUGGAAGAAGCCAGUCAUUCUGACUUGAGCAACGGGGACAGCGCUUUCGGUCCUGUAGACCAGGACGACGAGGAUUUGGAGGCUGACACAUCCAUGGCAAUGGACACAGACAGUAAUGCAGAUGAGGAGGGAGCUGAGGAGAGCCGGGAUGGUCAGGAUGGACCCUCUCCUGGCCGCACAUUUGAAGAUGCCUCCAUGCACUGCCCCUCUGUGAGAGCUGUUUCUGCGCCUUGCUCCCCCUCUGGCACUCGGCCUGGCCCCGGCCCCGGCUGCAGCCCUGGCUUGGGUCUGGAUUGUGUCUCUUUCCAGAAGGUUGGUGAGAGGCCCAGCUCCUUGCCCCCCUCCAGCCCCAGGGCCCUCUCACACAAUGACUGGGCCUAUCAUUCUGCUGUCUGCCCAGCGGAGCGCCAGCACCCAGGAAUGCAGAGGGACAAAGCAGUCACAAAGCCAGCUGUCCUGCCUGUAACUACCAGCCCCAUUGCUUUAAAGAACAACGUGAAGAAGGAAGAUGGAGGCAAGUUGGAAGACAGUGGCCUUUCAUCUGACCAGUUGGUGCCAGACUAUGCAGCGGGGCUGGAAGAGACCAAGAAUGUAUCUGAUGAAAGACCCCAGUCACUGUCUCUGGCAUCUGACAACUGUACAUUGAAGAAUAAGUUGGAUACACCCUCCUUUACAGCAGCCGGAGACAGUCUUCUGAAUGGAGGCAAAGAUGAAGAAGUCUCUGUAAAGAAGGAGAAGGUUGGACAGAACUUGCUGCAGUGGACUGUGGCAGAUGUUGCUAGUUACUUCUCAGCAGCAGGCUUUCCUGAGCAGGCUAUGGCUUUUCGAACACAGGAAAUUGAUGGCAAGUCCCUUCUCCUAAUGCAGCGCAGUGACGUGUUGACUGGUUUGUCCAUCCGACUCGGCCCUGCCCUCAAAAUCUACGAGCGCCACAUUAAGGUGCUGCAGAAGACCCACUUCCUGGAAUACGAAGAUCUCUGAAGUGAUGACUCACAAGACAAACAGAAAGACAAACAAUGCUGCAGUGACCCAAACGUGCAUGCAGUGCCCUCUCCCAUCCGGGUCCUGCCACCCACCUUCAUAUACAGACUAUGUAGAGGGUGAGUGGAGGGAGAUGGCAGCGGUGGAAUUAGCUUUCACUGUGAGAAUGACCAGAUACUGAAAGACACUCAUCCUACCUCUCAUUAUGGUCUUUCGUAUUCAAAUGGUUUUCAUUUCACAUACAAUAUGUGACUAUUCCAUUGUGUUUUCAAAGAAAGAGAGAGUUAUGUUCAUAGUAUGUUUUAAAAUUGAGGACCAAUGAUGUUUCUGCAAGUUCAAGUGAUUGGCGAAGUUGAAGGGGAUUGAGCCUUGCACAUUUGGACCAUCAGAGACGUAAAUGCAUACUGCUGGGAGCAAUAUGUGCAAAAGUUUUGGGUCUAUAAUGAAAUACUGGCUGAUAGUGGCUCAAUAAUUCCUCCCAGCAUUCUUGUUUUGUCCCUAAUGGUACCAUCUCUUUGCCCAGAUACUGUUGUUACAUCACAUAAAUAAACAUAAAGCACAUUUAAUGUGCUUUAUCCUUUUCUCACGCUGGAAAUAGAAUACAAUUUCAUCAAAGUAUAUGCCCCGUUAAGUCAGAGUCUACAUAGCUGCAUCAAAAGCCAUCAAAAGCCUAGUUCCUGACUUUUCAUGUCACCAAAAGAUGCUGAUGUUGAAUUGUGUCUUCAGUGUCCCUGAGGUAUAUACAAUACUAUCUAAUACUACCUGCUGUCAAGGCAAUAUUUUGCAUUUUCCUCCUUUUUCAUGUCAAUUUGAUUUGCUUGUGGUCCAACUUAAUGCAUUCUGGGGAACAACUGCAGAUAUGUGACCAGGAAAUCUGUAGCCUAAUCUAAUUUACUUUCAUGCAUAUGCGAAAUAAGGUAAUAAACUUGGGAAACAUUUAUUGUUAUAGUGAAUAUAUUGUUUUAAAUUCAAUACAGCUGCUCGGUGCCUGUUUGCAGAGCAGCUUUCUUGAUCAAAUGCAAUAUUUUAUGUUAUCACCUAUGUCUAAGUUGUCCGGUGUUUUUUUGUGUUUCUAUGCUAGUCGGCCUCUUGAAUUGGAACAUUCCAUGAUGUAGUCUACAUCACUUGUGUAUCUCUUGUCAUUUUUAUCUCUGACAUCUUCAUCAUCUUUAACCUCUUCCAGAGUCACAAAUAAAGCUUGUGUCUCCCUGUUCAA